AUGUCGUCCCCACAUCAUCGUCAGGACCGCUACGACGAAUACAGCGACACUCCGGAGGGGUACACCAGACCGAGCUCAUCCAAGUCGUCCAAGCCGUGGUACCGCUCGCCCACCACGCUGGUUCUCGGGUUUAUUCCGAUCUUCACGUUCGGUCUGGGAUACUGGCAGAUCAAGCGUCUCAAGUGGAAGGUAUCGCUCAUCGAAGAGCUUGAGGAUAAACUAUCUCGCGAUCCCCUCCGUCUGCCGCGCAACAUCAACAUCGAUGUGUUGCCGCAGUUCGACUUCCGUCUGGUCUCGGUCAAGGGUACGUUCGACCACUCGCGCGCGAUGUUCGUCGGUCCACGCGUGCGAGAUGGCGUUAUGGGGUAUCAUGUGGUCGUGCCGUUCAGCAGGAGCGAAGGUGGGGGGAUGAUCCUGAUCAACCGCGGAUUUGUGAGUGAGAAGCAGAUCGAAGGCACGGGGGAAAGAAGGAGGUUGAAGGAGGGAGCCAUGCAGAGCGGAGAGGAGGAGUUCGUGGCGCUGCUGCCGCGCAUCUAUCCGGCGAACACGUUUACGCCAGACAAUGUGCCUGAAAAGGGCAGCUGGUUCCACGUCAACCCGUGGCAGAUGGCCGAGUGGGCUUCCCGAAAGGCGGGCGUCGAGGCGCUUUCGCUUGCGCCGAAGGAGGAUGCCUCGGAUAGCUACACCCCUACCGCUGGGGUCGCAGAGAGCGUACGAAGCAUGCUUGGCUCAAAGGACACCGAGCGAGUGCUGCCCGUCUAUCUCGAGCAGGUUUUCGAUGGCAACGUGGGAGAAGCAGCGACGCGCGUGGCCCAAGGCAUUCCCGUCGGUCGAGCAGCCACGAUCGAGCUGCGAAACCAACACGCUGUAUAUGCUGCCACUUGGUUCUCACUAAGCGCAUGCACAGCCGUCAUGUUUGGACUGUUGGUCCGUCGUGGACGCUCCUGA